GUCAGUAGCGUUUCGAUUAUCGACGGAAUCGAGAGAGAGUUGCCCUUACUGCAGCCGACAUGUCCACUAGCACACAUGUUCCAGAGGAACCGAGAUCCUCGAACCAAAUGACCAUCAGUGCCUCCACGCAGGAGCUAGCCGAGCUGAUAAACAUUCACUUGGGUGAACUGCGACCGCAGGAUCCCUCUUGGCGGGUGGCCGACUCACCCAUAUCCGGCAGGGGCAUCUUUGCCACCAGGGAAAUUGCCCCUGGCGAGGAGCUCUUCCGGGAGCACACGUUGCUGGUGGGUCCAACAGCUCAUCGGUCCACUAAUCUGCGCACUUGCACCCUCUGCUACCGCCUGAUUCCGGGCUCCACGGACUCGGCAGCCCUCUGCCCGGCCGGAUGCGGCUUACCAGUUUGCUCGGAGUGUCGGGACUCCUCGCGUCACGACCUGGAGUGCAAGCUCUUUCGCAAGUGGAAGCCACUGGAGAGCCAGAGAAUCGAACCGCGCGCCCUGAGAAUUCUUAGUGUUGUGCGAUGCUUCUUUCUGGACGAAGCCGCCCGGAAGUUGCUGUAUGCCAUGCAGGCCAAUAUGGAUCGCUACUAUAUGCAGGAGGUCCAACGGGCUGCCGAUUGCUUUGAGCACUUUCCGCGGGAGCAGGACAUGUUGGACUACUUCUACCGCACCAUCUGCGCCUUCAACACCAAUGCCUUCGAAAGCCGGAGCAAUGUGGAUGGCCACGAGGUGUUGGUGAGGGCGCUGUUCCCUUUGGCUGGACUCCUGAACCACCAGUGCACCCCGAAUGCAGCGCACCAUUUCGAAAACGGAGAAACCAUUGUGGUGUGCGCCACUGAAAGGAUUCCAGCUGGAGCCGAGAUCACCAUGUCGUACGCCAAGUUGCUUUGGUCAACGCUGGCUAGGAAAAUAUUCCUCGGAAUGACUAAGCACUUCAUCUGCAAGUGCGUCCGAUGCCAAGAUCCCACGGUGAGUUUACUUGUUAGCUGA